AGGGAGUCGGAACAGAUGAGAAAUGUUUGAUUGAAAUCCUGGCCUCCAGAACCAAUGAGCAGAUUCAUGCUCUGGUUGAGGCGUAUUCAGAUGCAUACGGCCGAGACCUGGAAGCAGAUGUUAUAGGUGACACGUCUGGACAUUUUAAGAAGAUGCUGGUUGUUUUGCUUCAGGGGACCAGAGAGGAAGAUGAUGUUGUUAGUGAAGACCUUGUGGAGGAAGAUGCUCAGGAGCUGUAUGAGGCAGGAGAGGCACAGUGGGGCACAGACGAGGCUAAAUUCAUCAUGCUGCUGGGAAACCGAAGUGUGACCCAUUUACAACUGGUGUUUGAUGAAUAUCAGAAAAUUGCAGAGAAAUCCAUUGAGGACAGUAUUAAAAGUGAGCUGUCCGGAGACUUUGAGAGACUCAUGCUGGCUGUCGUUCAGUGCAUCAGAAGCAGGCCCAUGUUCUUCGCCAAACGCCUUUACAAAUCCAUGAAGGGUUUGGGCACAGCUGAUAACACUCUGAUCCGCAUCAUGGUGUCUCGCUCGGAGAUCGACAUGCUAGACAUCAGAGAGUGUUUCAGGCUGCGCUAUGAGAAAUCACUGUACAACAUGAUUCAGGACGACACAUCUGGAGAUUAUAAACGAACCCUGCUCAAACUGUGCGGAGGUGAUGACGAUAUUGCAGGGGAGUUUUUCCCAGAAGCCGCACAGAUCGCCUAUAAGAUGUGGGAGAUCAGCGCCAUGACCAAAGUCCAGUUGAGAGGAACUGUGCGGCCAUAUUCAGAUUUUGACCCAGCCAGUGACGCUCAAGCUCUGAGAAAAGCAAUGAAGGGUUUUGGCACUGAUGAGGAUACGAUUAUUGAAAUUGUGGCACGCAGGAGCAAUGAACAGAGACAGGAGAUCAGACAGGCUUUCAAAUCUCUUUUGGGACGGGAUCUCAUGGCUGAUCUGAAGUCAGAGCUGUCCAAAAACCUCCAGAGACUCAUUCUGGGUCUCAUGAUGACACCGGCCGACUUUGACGCCAAGAUGAUGAAGAAAGCCAUGGAGGGUGCAGGGACUGAUGAACAUGCGUUGAUUGAGAUCUUGGUCACUAGAAGCAAUCAGGAGAUUCAGGAGAUGUGCUCGGCCUAUCAGAACGCCUUUAAAAAAAGUUUGGAGGACGCCAUCGCAUCAGAUACUUCUGGAACUUUUAAACGGAUCCUGAUCUCACUGGCACAGGGAGCUCGUGAAGAGGGUCCAGCAGAUCUGGACAGAGCUUCAGAAGAUGCACAAGCGCUGGCGGACGCUUGCAAUGCAGACUCGGAUGAUCUGGAGGACAAGUUCAUGAGUAUUUUGUGCACAAGGAGUUUCCCUCAUCUGAGGAGAGUCUUCCAGGAGUUUGUGAGGUGCAGCAACAAAGACAUUGAACAGAUCAUAAAGAAGGAGAUGUCGGGAGACGUGAAAAACGCCAUGUUUGCUAUCGUGCGGAGUGUGAAGAAUCAGCCUUCCUACUUUGCAGACCGAUUGUACAAAGCCAUGAAGGGCCUGGGAACAGAUGACCGUGCAUUAAUCCGCAUCAUGGUGUCCCGCUGCGAGAUCGACCUCUUCAACAUCCGCAAAGAGUUCAAGGAAACUCACGAUGCCUCACUGCACGACUUCAUCCAGGUAGAGGCGCUGGUUGGCGACACAUCCGGAGAUUACCGAAAAACCCUGUUGAUCCUCUGUGGAGGCGAGGACUAGAGCGACAUUCAUCAUCCGGGACGAGUCUCAGGAUAUUCAAGCAUUAGCAAACCCCAUGUUUGUGCGGAUGCUAGUCAGUGAAUGCUAGUCUGUUUCCUGCCAUGCUAAAGCCAAAGCUAAAGCUAUCAAAAGCCACACUGUGUCCCAGUUAAUUUCAGCAGUCAUGCACCAAACACUUUUGUUUUUUAGCAGUUAAAGCACUGCUGUGGUGUUACCGUGAUACUGGUGCUUUAUUUGUUAUCCUGUUUACCCCAGAAAUAAACAGAUGUGAUUGUGUUUGA